GUGGGUUCGGGAGGCGCGCGCGGUGCCGGGGCCUGGGUGAGUCCGGGGGCGAGGUCACAGAACCCAAGGGCACUAUGUGCGCCUCAAGGCUCUACACGUUGGUCCUGGUGCUCCAGCCCCAGCGAGUCCUCCUGGGCAUGAAGAAACGCGGCUUCGGGGCCGGCCGGUGGAACGGCUUCGGGGGCAAAGUUCAAGAAGGAGAGACUGUCCAGGACGGGGCCAAGAGAGAGCUGCAGGAAGAGAGCGGUCUGACCGUGGACGCACUGCACAAGGUGGGCCAGAUCACGUUUGAGUUUGUGGGUGACCCCGAGCUGAUGGACGUGCACGUCUUCUGCACAGACAGUGUCCAGGGCACGCCUGUGGAGAGCGAUGAGAUGCGCCCGCAGUGGUUCCGGCUGGACCAGAUCCCCUUCGGGGACAUGUGGCCAGACGACAGCUACUGGUUCCCGCUGCUGCUUCAGAGGAAGAAGUUCCGUGGCUACUUCAGGUUCCAGGGGCAGGACACCAUCCUGGACUACACACUCCGCGAGGUGGACGCCAUCUAGGGCAGAGCCGGCUUGCCCCUCGGACCCCGAGAGCCCUGCCUGGCCGCGCCCUGGCCUCAGCCCCCUGCCCGAGGCCUUGGGCCCCCCCGCCACUGGGGCCUCAUCUGGAGCCUGACUGAACGGAAGAGCAAAUGAGGCUUUCCCAACACAUCCCCUCAGGCCUCCCCGUGACCUGCCCAGCCUGUCCUCGGGAAGCCGCCAGGCGUGCUGGGCUGUGACCUGCAUCACCAGACAGGGAUGGGCAGAGACACGGGCCCAAAGGCGAGGGGCUGGCUGACACGGGAGGCCGCGUGGAUGUGUGCGGGGUCCCGAGGUGCGCCAGGGGCCAUCUCCUCCCCUCCCCCCACAGGUAAGGGGAAACAGCGGCGGUCAGUGCCCAGGGCUCACACCUCGUCUCAUCUGCCAUCAGCUGGCCGCCCUCCCGCCCCCAACACAGGCUGCUCCCAUCCUGGCUUCAGACCCCUGGGGGGCACGGGAGGUCAUCCACCUAUCACACAGACUCACGGCCCGACACAGCUUUUAUAAAUACGUUUAAUGAUAGUUGUUCCCAUAAGUUCACUGAUAAAAAUCUCAGAAUG